AUGGCUUCCGGGAAGCUGAGAGGAAAAUCACUGAGCCGCGUCAUCGGUUUGAUUGGCGCCGUUGGAUUUGUGCUACAAGGCUACGACCAGGCAGUUUCAAAUGGAUUGUUGACGUUGGGCUCGUUCAUCGCCGUUUUCCCUCAGAUCGACACUGUGCAUACUACUGGAAGCGAGAAAUCUCACAAUUCUACAAUCCAAGGAACAACAGUUGCUAUCUAUGAAGUUGGGUGUGCACUCGGGGCUGGUUCCUGUGCUUUUCUGGGCGACAGACUGGGCCGCCGCAAGACUAUAUUCCUUGCCGGUUGCAUCGCUCUCAUCGGUGUUGUCAUCCAGUCAAGUCCUUUUGCACUUGGCCAGCUGAUCGCCGGUAGAGUUAUCACUGGUCUGGGAGUGGGUGGCUUCACCGCUACAAUCCCCAUGUACGUCUCCGAGUCUUCUCUGGCAAAUUCCCGUGGAAGAAUGGUGCUACUCGAGGGAUGGUUUGCAAUUGGUGGAAUUGUGCUCGCAACGUGGUUAGAAUUCGGGCUUUACUAUGUUGGUGACAACUCUGUCAGCUGGCGCUUUCCCAUUGCGUUCCAAGGUCUCUUCGCCCUGAUCGUUGUUGGUUGUAUCAUGUUGCUCCCCGAGUCACCUCGCUGGCUGGCACGCGUUGGACGAUUGGAAGAGGCAGCCGAGGUAUUAGCCCGGAUAGAAGACAUGUCCGCAGACUCCGAGCACGUAUUGCAAGAGAUGGACAUCAUCCGCCAAUCACUUGUGUUGGACCAAAACGCAGAGUCGUCCGGAUCUUCCUCACCUUUCGCGCUCACAAAGAACCGGCAUUUACAUCGAACUAUUUUGGCUGUCGGUGUUAAUAUCCUGGCCCAGAUGACAGGCGUCAACAUCAUCACAUUCUACUCCGACACCAUCUUCGAAGGUGAUUUGGGGUAUUCAGGUACCAUGUCUCGAAUUAUCACUGGAUGUCUACAGAUUUGGCAAUUCUUAGCAGCCGGUCUGGCCGUCUUAUUGAUUGAUCGUGUCGGCCGUCGACCGCUCUUCAUCGCCGCUGCGAUUGGAAUGACUGUCGCCCAAGCUUGUCUAGCCGGACUCUCGAGCGACCUAGGGAACAAGUCCGCCGCUGGGGCUUCUCUCUUGUUCUACUUCAUGGCACUCUUCUGCUUCCCUAUUGGCCUUUUCCUGGUGCCGUUCAUGUAUGCUGCAGAGAUUGCCCCACUGCGGACCCGUGCUCAAGUGACAGCCAUGUCGGCUGCAGCGAACUGGCUCUUCAAUUUCGUCUUGGCCGAGGUGAGCCCAGUUGGGUUCGCGACAAUCAGCUGGCGGUAUUACAUUGUAUAUGCAUGCAUUAGCGCAUUUGCAUGCGUCUUCUUCUACAUCUUCUGCCCGGAGACCAAGGGCCGCACACUUGAGGAGAUCGACGAUAUCUUUGUGCAGUCCAAGUCCGCGUUCGAUACGGUCCGGAUCGCUCGUCAAAUGCCUUUCCAAACAGAAAUAUUGGCCCACAUCGAUGAGACCGAAAAGGGAAUUGAAGAGAAACAGGUUGAGCAUGCAUGA